ACCCCUAUGUAAAAAUGUGGCAGCCUCGCAGACUCUUGAAGCUCACAGCCCUGGGGGCAGUCUCCAUAGGCACCUUUGCUUCCCUCCGCAGCAACGAGUACGACAUUGGCUCCAUCGGUAUCGUCCGCCUCUCACGAGCCGCAUACUCAGUCUUCGUUAUUGGCUCGCAUUACCAGAAAACCGUCUACUCCAGCUCUCUCCCAAAGGACUCACCAGAAUAUCUUAAACUCAAAUCCUCAGCCCAUUCAUUCGGUGCAGCUCGUCUCUUGGAACUUUGCUGCGCUAACAAAGGUGUCUAUAUCAAAGUGGGCCAACAUGUUGGUGCCUUGGACUACCUCCUCCCUAAGGAGUACGUCCAGACAUUGAAAAUACUCCAUAGUAAGGCCCCGCAAUCCUCUUUCAACGACGUCCUCAUAGUCCUGAAAGAAGACUUCAAACAAAACCCUUAUGACAUCUUUGCCUCGAUCGACCCUGAGCCCCUUGGGGCUGCCUCUCUUGCACAGGUUCACCGAGCUGUUCUCAAGGACGGGGAAACAGUUGCCAUCAAAGUUCAGCAUAGAUCAGUGAAGACAAACUCUUACGUUGAUAUUAAGACCAUGGCUGCAUUGGUGAAAAUCUGUUCCUGGGUAUUUCCGGAGUUCAAAUUCGACUGGCUUGUUGAUGAAACUAAGAAGAACAUCCCUAGAGAACUAAACUUUUAUCAUGAGGGGCAGAAUGCUGAGAAGGUCCAAGCGAUGUUCCGUCACUAUAAAUGGCUGAAAAUACCUAUAAUCCACUGGACACUGUCUACCCCUAGAGUCCUAACUAUGGAGUUCAUCGAAGGAGGACAAGUGAAUGACCUAGAUUACGUGUAUCAGAACAAUAUUAAUCCAUAUGAGAUUAGUGAGAAAUUAGGAAGACUCUACAGCCACAUGAUCUUCAUCACUGGUUUCGUACACUCUGAUCCUCAUCCCGGAAACAUUCUCGUGAAGAAGAAUCAGAUGAAUGAAGCAGAGAUAGUCCUCCUGGAUCAUGGUCUUUAUGCUGAGCUGUCCAAUGAGUUCAGGUGGGCGUAUUCCAAAUUAUGGAUGGCAAUCCUUAAUAAGGAUAAGGAGGGGAUGAAGAGGUAUUGUGCCGAUUUAGGAGUCGGCGAUCUCUAUGGGCUGCUGGCCUGUAUGGUUUCUGGGAGGACCUGGGAUACCAUCAUGGCUGGGGUGGAGAAGACGAAGUACAGUAAGAAUGAAAAGGAGAUGUUCCAGAAUGAGGUACCCAAUCUAUUACCACAGAUCAGUGAAGUUUUAGAGAGGGUCAAUAGGCAGAUGUUGCUGAUUCUCAAGACUAAUGACUUGAUUCGGAGCAUUGAGCACACACUUGGGACUUCGCAGAGGAUGUCGGCGUAUAUGGAGAUGUCCAGGUGUUGCGUUCAUGCUAUUUAUGAUGAGAAAAUGAGAGAUGUCGGACAUAGACUACGAGUUUUAAUGCGGAAACAGUGGAGUCUAUGGAAGUUGUUCAUGUAUUAUGCCUGGCUAGGUGUUAUUAAUUUUGAUCUAAGGAGGAGUAUUGCGUCGUUGUUCAAUAGAAACUUCUUUUCAUUUUAGAAGCAGUUGGUUAAGGAUUUUUUUUCAUGGGGGGGAGGACAUUGGUGGAAACUGGUUGGUGAACAACUCGAUUGAACGAUUUUUCAUACAUUAUGGUUGUAUCGAAACGUAGGAUCAAGAUUAAAUCCAAUCGACUUCGCCCCGUAUUUCAACUUGAACCAUUUUGUGUUCAUUUCAAAAAGGUUUUUUGGAUCACAGAUUUGAUGCCAUUUGGUCCUUUUUUUUUUGUUAUCUCCGCCGAGAUUCAAACCAUCAUUUCACACAUGCUCCGCAGGCGGAGAAAUUUUAGUAGGCUAGGGUAGGAGGAAGUUUUCAUUAGGUUCGGGCUGGAGAAGAAGAAAUGCUAAUAUUAAUGCAGGCGGUUGGAAAAAUAAUUAAGCUGUAACUAUUUUCUUCUUUAACUUUUCAAUCAUUCAUUUACAAGUUUGUUGAGAACAUUUCAUCUCAGAUACGGAAGGAAGGAAAAAAAUUAUAUCGACACGUUUUCCCAUCUGCCCGUCAGAAAGUUUUUAUUUCAUUCAGUCAAUUCUCAAAAAUCAUUAUUUUUUAAUACAGUUUUCAGGAAAAUAAAAUAACUGAUCAGAAAACAGACUUCGUCGUAGUAAUACUAUUUAUAUGUAGACGUUUUAUAUAAAAAUACAGGUUGAUAUGCAUUGAGUUUGAUACAUAUUUUCCACUUUUUGAUGUAUCUAAUCAUGUAUCCAAAGUCGCUCGAUGGGUCUCUCCGUUAAACAGAAAUAUUUCAUUUUCACAUUUUCUUUUGAGAAAAAACUAAGAUGGCUUUAUUUUCACGUCGGAAGAUUUUGUUGAAGCAAAUUUCGAAAUCCACGGAGAAAUAGACGUUCUUCGAUAAGUAUCUUUGUACUAGAGAGAUUGAGGGUUACAAAAAAAGUCUUGAUGAAAAUUGCAAAAUUUCUCAGAAUUUUUAUGUAUUUGGGAUGAAGCACAUUUUUUUAUUUUGGAAAAUAUUUCCGAAUUCGCGAGGAAUUUUGAGGCAGACAUUCUGUUGCAUCUUGAAUGUCUUUAUAAAAAAAAACAAUCCUUCUGAAACUGUCCCAUGGCGAAAGGAAUCGCCUGAUACAUACCACUCGUGCUUCAUGAUCGAUUGGUCAAUGAAGGCAAAAGGUGACUCAAAAAGUUGAACAGCUUCACGUAUCGAAUGCCAGUGUCCACGUGCUUGGCUGUACCCAGUCUCUAUUCUUGUCACAAAUUUGAUCGAAGAGUAAUUGCACCAUUCUUCGCAAGCAUAGAUUGGUUAAUGUCGCACGAUCACUUAAGGAUUAACGAAACGGAUUGUAAAUCUUAGAAAAAUGUGACACAUAUUUAUAUUGGUAAUAAAUGGAAUUCGUACAUUUCGCA